AUGGUACAAGCGCCUGCUCCGUCUUCACAACUUAAUCAAAUGCCUACGACGACAAUGCCUCACAAACACCAUUCUCCUAUCGACAAGGAGCAUUCCUCCUUUUCUCAGUCUCAAAUUCGUUACGCUCAACAGCACCCUCUCAACAGCAACUACUCUAGUCUCCCGUCUGAUCACUGCAAACAACUCCAGCCUCAAUACCAAUCUCUCCCGCCCAUGGAAUCUUCCAAGACUCCAUUCCCAAGAAGAAAAUCAUCCAUGCUAGAGAUCAAUAGUCUUUUAUGUGAUUUUGCGUCUACAUCAAUGAACUCUCCGUCAGCUGACUCGCAACAGGAAGACGAAAGCGAAAUAAUGGACUCGGAACAAUUCAAUUCUUUCAUGCUCCGUCAAAAUCAUGUCUCUUCCGCCACGCCCGCUUCGUCGCCUCCGCUCUCUCCCGGAGAUAAUGAUAUUCAACACGAUGGUUGUACGCAAUGCUUACACGAAGUUAAAUAUCCGAUUCACCACUAUUGCGCCGCCGACUCGGAACCAUACGGUCGUCAACAACGAGAACCGCAACCGUCCGCUCGAUCCUCGCCGCCCAUUUCGCUGAAACAGAAAGUAACUCUUCCUUCCAUCAAAUCAUUCACAACUGCAGAUGACUUGAGAUCUGACAUACACCACGAGCCUAAUCACGGCUCGGCUGCCCGCGAUUCUUGCAAACCAUGGUCACAAAUGCAACGAUUAGAACAGCUAGCAACUAUAACCGAAACAUACGGACAGUCAUAUCUGCAAGAUACAAACAGCAUUCGUCGUCUACCUUCGCUGCCUGCUCCUCAAAUGAGUGGAAACGUUUCUCCCGUUCAACGAUCGAUGACAAAACUCAGUCCUCACAUGACUGCCAUUCAUCAACAGCCAAGUCUCCGUCGGUCAUCAUACGACAUUUCCCAGUCGAGAUAUUCACCCAUAUCUCCUGGGCCAAAUGCGCAUUACUCUUCUCGUCGCAUGCCACAGCAAGAUCAGAGACGACACUCGGAUUCUCCUUCGCACUCGAGCACCAUCGAGCAUGCUCAUGAUAGAUAUUCAAAUGGCAUCCAUCAUUUUCACGGUCCGCUUCGUGCACUGCCUCCAACUUAUCAGGGAUAUCCACAGCAUUCAUAUCCUUUCCAUCAACACAUGUACCACCAACAGCAUCAUGCCCAUUCGCACAUGACUCAUGCUACCUUUCAUCAUGAUCACAACUCUGCCGUCCCAAUUGUUCCUAUGGUCAAAGCUAAACGUAAGAGAGCCAACGCCAAUCAGCUGAAAGUAUUAAACCAGGUAUUUCAACAUACCUUCUUCCCAUCAACCGAACAGCGUAUUCAAUUAGGAAAGCAGCUGGGAAUGUCGCCGCGGACAGUGCAAAUAUGGUUCCAGAACAAGCGACAAAGUUGGCGAAGCAAGACCCGUGGCCCUGCCACAGCAUCAUCGCUCGAGGAUGGUAAUGAUGAGAACAAUGGUAAAUCACAGAAAAGGCGUGCCAACGCGGAGGCAGGAAAUGGUAACAAGUUGAGGAGAUUGAGCAAUGCUAGUACGGGAGAAGAUGUUGAAGAUUGUUGUGAUAGUGAUGGGCGUCUAUCUGUACCUGAUUCGCCGGCAGCCGAAGGAUGCGAUAGAGAUAUAGGAGAUGGAAACGAAAGCGUAAUGUCGUCAGACGAGGGUUCCGUGUCCAGUCAAAGCGGAAGCCAGGUUCAUUCUAAUUCCUCCCAGUGCUCUCCUCAUUUAUCGCCAUAUUCUUCAUCUUCGCCGGAUCGGCUUUCCGAGUUCUCGGCUACAUCAACUAUUGCUCAAGAUUUAUCUAUGAGUGACGCUAAUGCAUACAAUAAUAAUAGAUUACCUUCUAUUUCGGCUGCAUUUGGAAGUCAUCAUGCUUUACCACCUACUUCCGGUCUUGGAUAUUCCCGCGCUGUUAAUAAUGAGUUCUAG